AUGGAAUCCAAAAUGGACUCAGAUGAAGAAUUUUACGAUUGUCUUUCAGAUGGUAAGGUUGUGAAUGUUGUUGAAUGUUGUAUUCCAGUAAAAUAUUGUGCGAUCGCUUCACCUCAAGGAAAGGGUUUCGGUGAAGUUUUUCUGGAUUUGAAAAAAGCACAGGAAAAAUGGAAACAGUUGAAAGGUGCCAGGAUGAGGGUGUUCGACGACUAUGCCUGUGCUCAACAGUUUGCAAAUACACCUGUGAAAAAUAAAACAGAACAAACCAUCUACCCACCGUCCCCAAAAGCUGAUGUGGAAAGCACACCGUAUUCUAGUGUAACCCAACCUGUCCUACUGAAAUUUCGUGCGCUGAUAGAAAAAGGCGACGUGGAUGGGAUGCGUCAGAUGGUCGCUGAAAAUCCGAUGACGCUGGUUCGCCUACGAUACAAUGCGUUACAUGUAGCAGCAGCUGCCGGAGUCGCGGACGCAGUGGAUUUCCUACUAUCCCGUUUAAAUUCAACCACUUUCUGGAAACAGAUCUACCCGGGCAGUGACGAUCAGACGACUAUUGAACGUCAAAAACACGUAACCGACCUCUACUUGAAUAGUCCUGAAUUGGGCAACUUGGAAACCCCAUUGCAUUUCGCGUGUAAAUUCGGACAUUUGAAUUGUGUUCGCCUGUUGACAUGUCACCCCCUAACUCAGUUGGAUGUGCUCAACCGAACUGGUCAGAAACCAGUGGAAUUGACCUGUUUCCGUAUGUCUGGUCGCGCACACACCGACUCCCAAUCGAACCCAGAUCCUGUGUCUAGGGCGACCAUAUUGACUCAGUCCAUUCGACGUCUCUUCGAUCAAUAG